CGCGCAACUGAGUACGGGAUGCUCCACCGUAAGUCGAGGCAGAGCUGACGACGUUGACGACCCCGGCGCCGCUUGCUUCCCGCGCAAUGAUCCUCACCACGGUCUCGAACACCUCUCCACAACCAUCAAUGCGGUGAAAGGCUGCCGUGUACCCGUCAAGAUGCUCAGCGGACCACCGAGGAUCAUUCCACUCGUCUCCCUCUUCGUCGCCGUCUGCCUCGUCUGGUGGUAUCUCCACACGGUGCCCGGCGCAGGCUCGUCGAUUCCAACAUGGAAAUCUGGCGCCUCCGCAAACCAACACCGGCCCUCAUUGCGCGGCGACCCACUCGACUUUGGCCUGCCGCUGCGCUUCAGCGACGGCCAGAAGAAGCCGCCCGGCAGCAACUACACAUUCAAGAUUGUCGUGCCCAAGACACAGAAGGAGGACAUUAGCUGGAUGGCCGCUGAGAUACCCGAUGCACCGCUCGUCGUCUACGAAGUCGACAACCCCAAUGCCGAGCACAAGAUCCCCAAGAACAAGGGCCGCGAGGCCAUGGUCUACCUCUCCUACAUCAUCGACCACUACGACGACCUCCCCGAUACCUCCAUCUUCAUGCACGCCCACCGCCACGCCUGGCACAACAACAUGCUCCUGGGCCUCGACGCCGCACAGAUGAUCAAGCGCCUCAAUCACGAGCGCGUCGCACGCAUGGGCUACAUGAACGUCCGCUGCCACCACGACCCGGGCUGCCCGGACUGGAUCCACAUGGACCGCCCCGGCGGCGACUUCGACUUCUUCCACAAGCCCGAGGAGAUCUACUGGCGGCGCAACAUCUGGGAGGAGAUCCACCCUGGUGCUCCCAUCCCGCCUUCCAUUUCCGGCAUCUGCUGCGCGCAAUUCGCCGUGUCGCGGCAGCGCAUACAGGAGGUGCCCAUUGAGCGCUUUAUCCACUACCGCAAAUGGCUCCUUACAACGGGCAUGGACGACCAGUUUUCCGGCCGCAUCUUCGAGUAUAUAUGGCACUACAUUUUCACAGGGCAUGAAGUGCAUUGUCCGGCCAUGAACACGUGUUACUGCGACGGCUACGGCAUCUGUUUCGGCGGCCAGGACAAAUUCAACGAUUACUUCAAGAAACAGGACGCGCGAAAUGAAAAGUUUACAGAACUAGACAAGUUCAACAAAAGGGAGGAAGAGGCGAAGAAGAAUGGCGAGGAUCCCGCGUUUACCCAGGAGGAGAUUGCGAAGAUUACUGCGCUUAGGACUGAGAUCUCGGCGCAGGACCGCGAAUUGGAUACCCUGAGAGAGGACGCGAAGAAGAGGGGUGAAGAUCCCAAGGCGAGGAAAGAGGAGACGGAAUCUUGGGAUUCGAGUCAUAUUUGGGAUUAUGCGCCAAAACAUGAUUAGCCUGAUUAUCGCUGGAGGGGAUUUUCUGAUAUCACAGCUCUACAAUACAUGGCGGUAAAGGCGUUCAUGGAGAGGCGUUUCGAGUGGGGCGUACGUAUGGACAUGGGGAGCUUGCGCCGGGCAUGAAAUACUUGCAUUAGAUUAUUCAUCUUCACAAUGUUUAGCAUAUGUUGUUCUUUCAGAUAGAUCUAACACGCAUGUCAUGCGAUUGUUGGUCGUAUAUUGAUCUGAAAUAGCAGGUAAAAGCUACGGUUGUACAAUUACGCGUCAAAAGUUUUGCAACGCUAGCGCC